AUGCGGGCCUGUGGGUUCAGCGGCCUCAGGGGUUCCAGACCCAGCAGAACACGCGCGUCCUCCGCGUGGCCGCCCCCGGAGGCUCAGAGCGGCCCCAUGGCCGGUCCCCGUCUCUCACUUCUGCUGACCCUGCUGCUGUCCUUCGCCCUGGGAUCUGCUGGGCUGAAAUGUGGGGCUGCCCUGAGAGCCAACAACACCGGGGAAAGGAUUGUUAAUGGAUAUACUUGUCCAGGAGGCAACCAGCCCUGGCAGGUGGCCCUGUUUUUUGACCAUGAGUUCCAGUGUUCGGGCGUGCUGGUCCACAAGCAGUGGGUGCUCACUGUCGCCCACUGCCACAUGAGCGAGUACGUCGUGCAAAUGGGCAGUGAUCUUCUACUCGAUGUGAAUCUCCAGGAGAUCAAAGCAACAGAGUCGUUCAUCCACCCCCUGUACAACAAUGUCACACUUGCCAAUGACAUCAUGCUUGUGAAGCUGAGCCGCCCAGCCCCGCUCUCGCCAACCGUGAGCACUCUCCACGUGCCCUGCUACUGCGAACCCCCAGACACCAACUGCACCAUUUCCGGCUGGGGCCUCACCUCCUAUGAUUCAGGUGAGGCUGCUCCUGUGACCAAGCAGCCCAGGCCCUGCUCCCUGUGCCCUCAGAUCCAGGAGACAGGGUUCAAUCCAUUACACCUCAUGUGCUCGGACGUCAAAAUCAUUUCCACCAACUGCUGCAAAAAGCUUUACAAUGUCGUGUUGGGAAGACACACCAUGUGCGUGGCCGACCCUGACAGAGGCUCCCACACCUGCAGAGGUGACUCGGGGAGCCCCCUGAUGUGCAACGACAUGCUGCAAGGCCUGGUCACCUCCGGAUACUCCCCGCCCGAAAUGGAAAGCCCCAGGCGCCUCCUGCCUUACAGACAAAGCCCAGACCCCUAG